CAUGGAGCUCAGUGUCCUGCUCCUCCUUGCUCUCCUCACAGGCUUCUUGCUACUCUUGAUCAGGGGCCAGCCAAAGACCCAUGGCAGUCUUCCACCAGGACCCUAUCCCCUGCCCUUCUUGGGAAACCUCUUGCAGAUGAACAGAGGAGGCCUCCUCAAGUCUUUUAUUCAGUUUCGAGAAAAACAUGGAGAUGUAUUCACAGUACACUUGGGACCAAGGCCUGUGAUCAUGCUGUAUGGGACAGAGACCAUAAAGGAAGCUCUGGUGGACCAUGCUGAGGCUUUCUCUGGCCGGGGAACAAUUGCUGUGAUUCAGCCAAUUUUACAGGACUACGGUGUGAUUUUUGCCAAUGGGAAACGUUGGAAGACCCUUCGGCGAUUCUCUCUGGCCACUAUGAGAGACUUCGGGAUGGGAAAGCAGAGUGUGGAAGAGCGGAUAAAGGAGGAAGCCCAAUAUUUGGUGGAAGAACUGAAGAAAUAUGAGGGAGCCCCUCUGGACCCCACCUUCCUCUUCCAGUGCAUCACAGCCAACAUAAUCUGCUCCAUUGUGUUUGGAGAGCGCUUUGACUACACAGACCACCAGUUGCUGUACCUGCUUGACCUGUUCUAUGAGACCUUAUCACUUAUCAGCUCAUUCUCCAGUCAGGUGUUUGAGCUCUUCUCUGCCAUCCUGAAGUACUUUCCUGGCACCCACAGACAAAUCUCCCAAAACAUACAGGAAAUCCUCAACUACAUUGGCCACAGUGUGGAGCAGCACAGGGCAACCUUGGACCCCAGUGCUCCACGAGAUUUCAUUGAUACCUUCCUUCUUCGCAUGGAGAAGGAGAAGUUCACCGACCAUACGGAAUUCCAUCACCAGAAUCUCAUGAUGUCUGUGCUGUCUCUCUUCUUUGCUGGCACUGAGACCACCAGUACCACGCUCCGCUAUGGCUUCCUGCUCAUGCUCAAGUACCCCUAUGUUGCAGACAAAGUCCAAAAGGAGAUUGAUCAGGUUAUCGGUGCACACCGGGUCCCAACCCUUGAUGAUCGCAUCAAAAUGCCAUACACUGAGGCAGUCAUACACGAGAUUCAGAGAUUUUCAGAUCUUAUCCCAAUUGGUCUGCCACACAGAGUCACCAAAGACACAAUGUUCCGAGGAUACCUGCUCCCCAAGAACACCGAGGUGUACCCCAUUCUGAGUUCAGCUCUCCAUGACCCACGCUACUUUGAACAACCAGACACCUUCAAUCCUGAGCACUUCCUGGAUGCCAAUGGGGCACUGAAGAAAAGUGAAGCUUUUCUGCCCUUCUCCACAGGUGAGACAGACUUGUGA